CAGAUGGCAACUUAGAAGACUGGCACCUAUGUAUAUUGUCGGCAUCGAGCCAAAGUACUAUGCCGACACGGCGGGGAUUCGGUCACUGCGAUAAGAUCCCGAAGUGACAAGGCCUCUCCGCAGGUAUAAAGUCUGGCGGGUUUGCUCGAUUAUUCUUCAGUUCAAAUCGCCCUUCAGCCACAUAACUUCAACGCUCUUUCAAAAGCCAUCCAAAAAUCAAUACUCCAGUCUUAUAAAAAUGUUUGUUCGUAUCCUGUCUAUCACGUCCCUCGCUCUCCUGGCCAUCGCCACGCCCCUCUCUCUGCGCGACUCCAGCCAGUGCGACACUGGCAACAUCCAAUGUUGCGACAGGACUCAACCAGUCGAUCAGUACAACAACAAUGCGACGAUGUUUGGGGGGAUCCCCAUCGCCGCUGACGUUCUCGGUGACGUUGGUAUCGACUGCACCCCAAUCACCAUCAUCGGCCUCUUCGCUAGCGGUGCUAAUUGUUUCCAGCAGCCCGUCUGCUGCAGCAAUGAGACAUACGACGGUGUCAUCAACAUCGGCUGCACGCCCAUCAACAUAGUCUGAGCUUUGAAGGCAGCGGAGCGCGCUUGCGAUGAGGGAUAAGCGCUAGUUUUGGACACAGUCGCUAUCAGUUUGUUAUAGUUUUACUCGGUCUUCAGAGGUUCCCUAUUAGCAAAAUGUCAACGCACGCUCUUUGUUUCCAGUUAAUUGCCGAUCAUUGAUCCG